UGACUUGAAGUUUUCUUCUUGUCAUUUAAAGACAGUCUCUUGCUCACCUCAACAGGUUUUCUGCAGACAUUAGAAAACAAAAGACCGAAGCCGACCAUGUCUGAGGCACCGAGAAAAUCAAAGAUCUCUGCAUCUCGCAGACUGGCUCUCAAGACCAAGCUGCUGAAAAUGGCGGCGGUGAUGUUAGAGAAGGAGAAGGAGGAAAAGAAGCAUGAGAGAGAAGCGACUCUGAAUGACAAAGUUCCUGCACUUCAGCUGUCUGGUUUGUCCAUGCAGGACCUUCAGGCUAUGUGCAAAGAACUGCACCAUAAGAUCGAUGUGGUCGAUGAAGAGCGCUAUGACAUUGAUGCCAAAGUGACCAAAAAUAACAAGGAGAUUGAAAAUCUAUCUCUAAAGAUCUUUGAGCUGAAGGGGAAGAUGAAGAGACCUGCCCUCAAGAGGGUGAAGAUCUCUGCUGACGCCAUGCUGGGCGCUCUGCUGGGCGCUAAGGUCAAAGAGUCUGUGGACUUCAAGGCCAACCUCAAGACUGUGAAGAAGGAGGAGGAGAAGAAAGAGGAGGUGACUGACUGGCGUAAAAACGUGGAGGCCAUGUCUGGUAUGGAGGGCAGGAAGAAGCUGUUUGAUGCCGGACAGUAGACUUUAUAUUUAUGGACAUUUGAAAUACGAAUGCUGAUUUACAGUUGACAAGAAUAGAGAGGAAAGCAGAGCACAAAAAAGUAACUAAACAGUUUAUGUGUGAGUGUGUGUAUUUAGACUUUUGCAAAAAUCAAAAAUAUUCUAAAUUCAGAGGAUGGGAAUUGUAUAUAUUUUGCAUAUAGAUUAGUCGUUUUGGGGUUAUUUGUUAAUUGUCUACACUUGCUGCUGCUUGAAUGCCUGGAAUAAAAACAGCAGUUUAUGUCAUGAUAAUAAAUACUUCUGAUCAACACAGAAAACUGAUGCUCCACUUUCCUUUUUAAC